CAGCGCAGUAGCAGCUUCAGCAGCAUCCACCCUCUUGAAGUAGCAGUAGUCAUACCAAGCGCCGGCGGUGAGAAACGGGAGAACGCAUCCGAGUGAUGCCACUGCACCAACCGCAUCUCGCACCCGCGAAAACAUACCGAGAGUAAGCAGCUCCUUCAACGAGGAGGAAUUAACACAUUCGCAUCGAGACCGCAUCGGCCCAUGAAGAUGUCUAACGUUGACAUGGUCAACACUACCGACCGGGUAGUAAAAUCCGUCCCCUUCCCACUCAGUCACCGCCUGACCAUGAAGGAGGUGUUCGACUGCGAGGGCAAGCCACGGGUCGACCUGCUGAAAGCCCACCUCACCAAGGAGGGCCGCGUGGAGGAGGCGGUGGCACUGCGCAUCGUCAGCGAGGGUGCCGUCAUCCUGCGCCAGGAGAAGACCAUGCUGGACAUCGAGGCGCCAGUCACGGUGUGUGGGGAUAUUCAUGGACAGUUCUUUGACCUGAUGAAGUUGUUUGAAGUAGGAGGCUCCCCAGCGACAACCCGAUACCUUUUCCUCGGGGACUACGUCGACCGGGGCUAUUUCAGUAUUGAGUGUGUUUUGUACCUUUGGUCCCUGAAAAUCCUCUACCCAAAGACGCUUUUUUUACUGCGAGGAAACCACGAAUGUAGACACUUGACAGAAUAUUUCACCUUCAAACAAGAAUGUAGAAUCAAGUAUUCUGAGCAGGUGUAUGACUCGUGUAUGGAUGCGUUUGACUGCCUUCCCCUGGCUGCUCUCAUGAACCAGCAGUUCCUGUGUGUGCAUGGAGGCCUUUCACCAGAGAUACACACCUUAGAUGAUAUAAAGAAGUUGGAUCGGUUUAAGGAGCCUCCUGCCUUUGGGCCCAUGUGUGACCUGCUGUGGGCUGACCCGCUGGAGGACUUUGGGAACGAGAAGACCCAGGAAUACUUCAGCCACAACACGGUCCGCGGAUGCUCCUACUUCUACAGUUAUCCAGCCGUCUGUGAGUUCCUACAGAACAAUAAUUUAUUAUCAGUCAUCAGAGCACACGAAGCACAAGAUGCAGGAUAUCGUAUGUACAGGAAGAGUCAGACUACAGGCUUCCCCUCACUCAUAACCAUCUUUUCAGCACCAAACUACCUUGAUGUUUACAACAACAAAGCGGCGGUACUAAAGUAUGAGAAUAAUGUCAUGAACAUCCGGCAGUUCAACUGCUCCCCACAUCCUUACUGGCUGCCCAACUUCAUGGACGUGUUCACCUGGUCUCUCCCUUUCGUUGGAGAGAAAGUCACAGAGAUGCUGGUGAAUGUGCUGAGCAUCUGCUCUGAUGACGAGCUGAUGGAGAAUGAUGGAGAAGAGGUCUUCGACGCCAAUGCAGCAGCUGCCAGGAAAGAAGUGAUCAGGAACAAGAUCCGAGCCAUUGGGAAGAUGGCCAAGAUGUUCCAAGUCCUGAGGGAAGAGAGUGAGAACGUGCUGACUCUGAAGGGCUUGACCCCGACUGGAAUGCUGCCCAGUGGAGUCCUGUCUGGAGGGAAGCAGACCUUACAGAGCGCCACCAUUGAGGCCAUCGAAGCCAUCGAGGAGGAAGAUAAAGAUGGAGAAGCCAUCCGAGGCUUCUCUCCCCAGCACAAGAUCAGCAGCUUCGAGGAGGCCAAAGGCCUGGAUCGCAUCAACGAGCGUAUGCCGCCGCGCAGGGACGGCGUCAACCACGUGGGCCAGUCCAUGGGCAAGAUGAACAUGUCCGAAGCCAACGGCACGGACGAUAACAGCAACAUCCAGUGAUGGCACUCGCGGCCACCGCGUCACUUUCAGUCCACGCCCCUGCAGCGUCGAAACCCUGCAGGAUAUUUGCCAAACUGUUAUUUAAGGCCUCAGAGUACUGACAAAAAAACAAACAAACAAACAAAUAACAACAACAUACAAACAAAGUCCAUCAGCGUACAACACCACUGCUCCAGGUUUCUUAUUAGAGACAUCAAGUCAAACAAUUUUUUCAGACCUCUUGUGCACUGUAGCUGGUCAAGACAGAUGUUGCUGAGAGUCUGAGAGCAGCAGCGGUGCCACCUUUGCCAAUGGGAAGAGUUCCCACUCUGUG